AUGACACAAGGAGUACGACCCUCACCCUUCCCACGCCGAUCUGUCAGCAGCGUCGCACCAUUUACUGUUAAGCGUAAACAAGUCAACUAUGAAGGCUUGGAGAUGAGCAGCUCACAGUGUUCCCUGGCAAGCCUGUUACACAAAAAUGACCCAUCACCGGCAACUCCAGGGACAAAUCCUGAAUCAUUAAUGCGUAACAUUAUCGAAAGCAAGUCGGUGGCAGAAAGCAAUGCCAAGAUACAACAAUUAGAGAAAGAUCUAAAGCAAGCCACGGGAGAGCAAAAGAAAUGGAGGCACAAGUGCAAGCUCAUGGAAAAUGAACGUAAGGAAUAUGAAGCAUCUGUAAAAGCCCAAUGUGAGAGCGAUAAGGAAUUACUAAGGACAGAGCUAAAGGCUGUAAAAGAGGCACACGUGGAUAAGGUCCAAGAAUUGUCAUGCUCAAUUGCACGUUUGCAACGCAAGGUAGCCGCUCUUCAAGACGUGUUGAAAGAACACAAUAUCACUCAAGAGCCAUGUACCGACGAUGAAGCUAUUGAUACCAUGUUGAUCAACCGAGAAUGCAAAGACGAUGCCGAAUUUAUCAAAAACGCGUACAAUGAUGCUAGAUCAAGAAAUUAUGGCGUGAGUCGUGAACAAUGGACCAAUAUUCAAGCCAUGACCUAUGCAUUAAGGCAUGAAGUUGAUUUAUUUCAAGCAUGGCGAGCGGCUGCUUCGGUGCCUGUGGAAGAAUUGGCACGUCUUAUGCGUGAAGAAGACAAGUCAUCUGCUCACCAUAGUGGCGUUAGUGCCAUUCGGAAAACAUUAUUUGGACGCAAAGGGUCUGGAAAACGCAAAUAA